GGCCGGGAAGGGUGAAUGGUGUAGGAAGCGCCCAAAGUGGCUGGAGGGGAGCGGGGCGCAAACGAGGAAAUGUCUCCUUUUUCUUACUAGAAUCUGAGGGUUUGAGGAGGCCCGGAACUGAGAUCCAGAGACUAGCGUAAGAAAGGGAGAUUGAGGAAGGAAACCCUGAGAAGGCUCAGAAAAGAGCUUAAUCCAGAUGCCUCUGCGUCUUGGGGGUGCUGGUGAAGCUCCUUUCUUAGGCAUUUCGGGAUAGAUAUGUCAUACCCCUGUUUUAGGUUUAAAAUGCUCCUCUGACAAUGGUGAAAUGUUCCAUCACAUUUGGACGAAUUUUCCGGCCUGAGUAAUUUUUUGCAGUAUACUGGUAAUUGCUACCCUUAUCUGCAGCACCAGUCGUAAUACACAGAAACCAGUAUUAAGCCAAAGAUUGUGGUGGACAAUUUGCUAAUGGAAUAAUGGCGAGGUCAGAGGCAGUAAGACCCAGAAGCCCAUUUUGAUGUCAAAUACCUUUCUGCCUUUCCUCUCAUGCCUUCAGCUUAUCAGUUUAAAUAAUCAACUGCCCCUUAUAACCUGUUAAAUACUGACUGCAGUGCCAGAUACUGGGAAUUGAAAGAUUACUAUAAAUAUGAUGCUUAUGUUAUAUUUCUCUUAGCUCUAGCAUAGUGUCGUGGAAACUUCAGGUAACUUGUACACUUAAAACUAGGUCCUUCUAUAAUGAAAUGCUUUGGGGAAAUUAGUGGGAAGGAGACAUGAGGAAGUCAUCUUUGAGAUAGAUUAAACCUGGUCUCACUUAACUUAUUAAUGCACUGUCAGCUUCAGAAUUGUAAUUUUUAGUGCUGUUUGGUGUCUUUCAUACGUCCUUUGUGAGCCAUAAAAGGUUCCCUGAACGAUUUUGUAGUUAAUGAGAGAAUACUCAGAGCCACCCUUCUUUGACUGGAAGAUGAGGUGGGACCAGAAUAAUGAGCAUUUAAAUAAAUUUGAACCCUGUAAGGAAGAUUAGUAAUCAAUAAAAAAAAAAAAAAUGGGGGAAUGAUUGGUUUUACUAAAUCUACUGAGAUUUAUUCAUGCCCCUGUCCUCCCUGCUACUGGAAUUUAGGUCUUACAAUGUUAAUACAGUCCUUCUGCAUUUGCUAGGAAUUUUCUAGGUUUUUUUUAGCCACCUAGACUUUAAAAUAGAUCUAAAAGAGCUGUUUCAUUAUUUUCCUCCUGAUACUAUCUGGAUUGCUGAGAUGUCACAUGCCUGCUUUGAGAGACUCAGAAAUAAAACAACUUUUAGCUGAAUUGAAAAGUCUAGUUGACAUUAGAAAUUUAACAGAAGGCCUUUGAUGAUAUCAAUUUAAAGUAGAUGAGCUUUGAUACAUUUCUACUCCUGUAAGCAUUGUCUUAAAAGGUGAUUAUAGUUGCAUUUCAAGAUUGAGACCUGGCACUUUCCCUAUACUAUCAUAAAAAUGAUUGUGUUGUUAAUAUAUGGUAUUAUACAGUAACUUGUCCCUUAACAGUGGUUUUCUUAAGUCAGUCCCUUUGUAUAUGCUUAUUAUUUUUAUUGCUAAUUGGAUGUUAUCUUCCUUGGGUUUUGUUUGUUUGUUUUUUGUUUUUAAUCUCAUCUGUAUUUUCAAAAUACAUCUGGAAAUUGUAGAAAAUCAACUAACAGUGAUAUGUUAGUAUCCACUGUAUGUAAAAGAUUUAAGUUUUUUGGUUCAAUGACUUCACAUAUAAUUGAGGGCAACAAAACACUUUGAAAAUCUACUGGAAGUAGCUAUCACAGAAUACAGUGCUAGAAAAGGAUGACAUAGAAGUAAUCUCAAUCAGUGGGAUAUGUAUAUGAGGAGCAAAGUCGAUUGCAGCCUAUAUAAGGAAUAAUGAGUUUAUUGGGAUUUCAUUUGGUUUGGUUGAAGUGGAGAAUGAAGACUGUUUCAUCGGAGUGAGAGAUAAAGAAUCACAAAUAGUUGUCAGGCAGUGUGUUUCAGAGUGUAGCAACUGUGACACAUAGAACACUAGCUAAUUUGGUCCCGUGCAGUAUGCCGUGAAACAGACAGAAGGGUGGCCAGAGCAUGGGAUCAGCUCCCUUGGUUUCUGUGCCUUGGUGUCCUUAUUGUCUGCCCGUUGGUUUGCCUGUUGAACUGCUCUGAGAAGCUCUAGAGGGAAUGAAUGGAAGUGGAAGGUUAUUUGUAAGUUAAAGAACGUUGCAGGUUGAGUACCCCACAGGCUGAGAACCAAGAGUGUUUUGGGGUUCAGAAUUUCUUGGACUUGGGAAUAUUUGCAUAUUCAUAAGCUAUCUUAAAGAUGAGGUCUCAGUAUAGAUAGGUGAUUCGCCUAUUUCACGCAUACUUACACAAACAUGACUGAAGGUAACUGCUCAGUAGUUUGAGUGCACCUAUCACUGAUUGUGAGUUACCUUGUGAGGUCAGAUGAAUAAUUUGUUCCAUGUUGGCAUUCAGAAGAACUUUGAAGUCAGAGCUUUUCAGGUUUUCAGAUUAGAUUCUUAACAUGUAUGCAACUCUUAGUGUAUUCUUGACACUGUUGGUAGUGGUGGUUUGGUUUUUGGUGCUGGGAAUCAAACCCAGGACCUCAUAUGUGCUGAGCAAGUGCUCUGCCACUGAGCUGUGUCCCCAGCCCUUGGGAUUUUGACUCAAAGCUACUAUGUAGCUGAGGCUGGUACUAAAUUUUCUGUGUAGUAGCACCAAGAUAAUUAGGCUUAGGACACUGCUGCCUUCAUCUCUCAUGAUUAUAGGCAUGCACCAUCACACCAGGCAUAAAAUAUACCUCUGAAAAGUCUUGGUAAAAAAGGAAUUAAAACUAAGUUAAGUGUCAGUAUUGGCUCACAAAGCAAGUGGUUUUGUGAGAAUAAAAAUUGAGGUAGUAUUGGUACUUUGUUGUCAUAUUGAGCUAGAAAUAGUUAAGACUAAUUGACCUAUAAAAAGAUCUGUGCAGUCAUAUGGAAAGAAAUAGAGAUUUAUAACUUAGGCAGCCAAGAUUAUGAGAACAUAUAAUCUCCACCAAAUAUAAUUUAGAACAAGUGGGUCUGGUAUGGUGCAAAUGCUUUAACUCUCAUAUGCCAAGGAAGAAGAGUUCUCAUUGCUUUAAAAAGUCUUUAUGUUUUUAUUUUAAAUAAAAUUUUAUUUAGAAUUUUAAAAAAUUCUUUAUAUGUGUGUAAUUUUCAGAGAAAUAAAAGGGGAAUGUCAAUGACUACUAGGAAUUUUAACAUAAAUUUAACAAUAUCAAAUCCAAAGUUUACUCUGUAGGUUUCUGAUUUUUGACAAUCUAUAAACCCAGAGGGCUAGUAUCUUGUGGAUACAGCUGGUUGCUCAUUGGCGUCAUGUGUGGACUAGAACAUAAUGGUUAAAGAUUGCUUAUUCGUUUCUAAUAGGUUUUAGCUUUAUCAUUACCUCUACUUGCAUUUUCAUAGUCAAAAUUUAAUACUUAGAUACUUUGAAAACUGAGUACUUACCAUUUUGUGUUGGAGGUUUUUCACCUUUGCUCCAAAAUUGUAAACAUUUUCAUUCUUAUUAUAAAAUUAGUUAGAAUGAUCAAUCCAAUGAAUGUCUUCAUUUCUAUAUCAUCUUUUUCUUUUAGUCACCUUUGUAUGCACACCUGCCUUCAGCCUUUGCUCAUUACAAAUCAAGUAAAUGUUGCACACAUAUAAUAAAAGAUGAAGUAAAAGUCAAGCAUCCUUUUAGAAAAAUGAGAUGGCCCCAGCUCUUCUUGCAAAAUGAAACUCUUACUGCAAAAUGGAGCCCUUCCUGUUGAAUGGCUUUCUGGAUGAGGCUUGGAUCUAGCAAUUGGGAAGCAGCAGACUUAGGCAAUGAAGAGAGAAAACAAAAGUUCUUGAGACUUAUGGGUGCAGGAAAGAAAGAACACACUGGCCGUCUUGUUAUAGGAGAUCACAAAUCAACAUCUCACUUCCGAACAGGGGAAGAAGACAAGAAAAUUAAUGAAGAGCUGGAGUCUCAGUACCAGCAGAGCAUGGACAGUAAACUAUCAGGCCGAUACCGGCGGCACUGUGGACUUGGCUUCAGUGAGGUAGAAGAUCAUGAUGGGGAAGGUGAUGUGGCUGGAGAUGAUGAUGAUGAUGACUCGCCUGAUGCUGAGAGUCCAGAUGACUCGGACAGUGACUCUGAGUCUGAGAAGGAGGAGUCUGCAGAAGAACUCCAUGCUGCUGAGCAUCCUGAUGAUGCAGAAGACCCGAAGAGCAAAAAAGAUGCGAAGAGCAAUUAUAAGAUGAUGUUUGUCAAGUCCAGCGGCUCAUAACUAUUAAACACUUAGUCUUUGUAUUAAAAGUAAGCCUUAUUGUUAUAAUGCACAGUGGAGGACUGCUUGUAGAGCACAGACCUUUGUAUUAUAAUUUUUAAAAAGGCCCUUUUAAAUAACUACAAAGAGUGUUUGCUUUCAAAUGCCAUGGGUUACACUUUUCCGGGCAUGACUAUAACCAUUUUUGUAAAGAGUCAGAGUUGUAUAAAUUGAGAAAUAAAUACUGUACUCAGCUUCCUUUCAUAUUAGCAUCGUCUGCCCUCUUACCACCUUUUCACCCCUGUAGAUACAUUAUGGGGGACACUUACUUUGUUUGUGGUAGCUUUCAUCUUUGUGUUUUAGGUUUGUUCCUAUUUUUCUCUUAUGUAAUUCAUUUGAUACUGUGACAUGUUCAUGAGAAAUGUUCCCUUGAUUACACUUUGUUAAAGUAGACCUGUCCCUGUCCAUCAUGGAUGUUUCUGCUGCCGGCCAUGCUGCCAUACUGCAGACCAUUGUUGACAGUCCAUGCUUGUUAAGUCUCUGCUUUCAGACCAGAGCAGCACAGGAGCCAGCACAGGACAUUGGUGGGCGGAGGUGCAGCCGUCACGUCAUUCGGAAGGUUGUGAACCCAAAAUGUCUUUAUAUAAUUUAAUUUCACUGUGUGGUAAAGUUUUGAUAAAAUUUGGCCAGUUUUUACAGAAGAAAUUAUUUCUCUGCUCAUUUAGUCCUGUUUAUUUAGAAAUAUGUAAAACUGGAUUUUUUUUUUUAAGGUACUAUGUGACCAAAGUUCAUUUUUUUCUUCUAAGGUCUAAAUAAAGAGAAAGCAGUUUCCCAUA